UUACGCGACUCCCGUAGUUUUUCUUUAAGCCCACGCAUUCACGGGCUGCGGGGUGCGUGUGUGCCCCCCCCUUCCCCCUUCGGGCCAUUGUUUCUUUGCGUUCGGUGAGUGGUUGGUAGGUGAGAACACAGGAAGGAGUUUGCGGUGCGAGCAGCAGAUCAUACACAAACUUUGAAGAUGUCGUAUAUGCUUCCACAUUUACAUAAUGGCUGGCAAGUGGACCAGGCUAUUCUUUCCGAAGAAGACCGUGUUGUGGUCAUUCGCUUUGGGCAUGAUUGGGAUCCAACUUGUAUGAAAAUGGAUGAAGUUUUGUAUAGUAUUGCUGAAAAGGUAAAAAAUUUUGCUGUUAUUUAUCUUGUGGAUAUAACAGAAGUGCCUGACUUCAACAAGAUGUAUGAACUGUACGAUCCCUGUACUGUCAUGUUUUUCUUCAGAAACAAACACAUAAUGAUUGAUUUAGGCACAGGUAACAACAACAAAAUUAACUGGGCGAUGGAAGACAAGCAAGAGAUGAUUGACAUCAUAGAAACGGUUUAUAGAGGAGCACGUAAAGGUAGAGGUCUUGUUGUGUCACCCAAAGACUAUUCAACCAAAUAUAGAUAUUGAUAUUUUGACUGUUUAAUUUUAGCCAAUUUUCUGGAUCUUCAUGAAAUCCUGUAUCUAUAAUAUUUUUGCUUGCUUAUACCUCUUCAUUGUGAAUAUUUUGGACUUCUGUAAAUAUGUUUAACUUUCAUGGAAAAAAUAAUGCUAUCUGAUAAUAGUAAUAAAGUAACAUGUCCUCUACUUUUACAUAUAAAGAAUCUGAAAUCUCUGUGUUUUUCAGAACACUAUUUUUAUAGUACAAUUCUCUUUCCAGCAUAUAAGCAAGUAUGAACCAUGGGCAGCUGAAACAUAACACAUACCUAAUGAGAACACAAGGCAUGUUUCAACAGAACAUAAAUAUCCCAUAUUUAUAUCUUUGUGUAAGUUGAGUUUCCAUGGUCAAAUUAAUGUAAUUGGCUUGGAUCUAAGGAUCCCCAUUGGCUAACUCCAGAUUUCUGGGGCUUUCCAGGGGAUGGGGUGUAUAUCUGCAGAUGAGGGGGGUGGAACUGGCAGCUCCUUCCUAUGUAUGUACCUUUGGAUCCAAACCAUUGUCUUAUUGAGGCCUGCUUCUUAAACUAUAUUGCUUUCUUUUGAGAUCACUUGCAUUCUUAGUUUGUUGCAUUUGACUCUGGUAUCGAAAAGUCAAGAAGUAAAUAUUAAUUGUUCAAUUGCA